AUGGUUGUUGUUGUGGUUGUAUUUACUUAUUUAUUGAAACAACCCCCCAACGUCGUCGUUCAGCUGCGAAACAUCCCGGGAAAGUGGACGUCAAGACUUUGGUUCGAUUCACUCAUUCACUUAGAUACAAUACUUACCUCAUCUCAUCUCGUACCCCCUCCACGGUCCACCCCCCAAAUCUCUUCCUACAUCACCACCACCGUUACCAUUUCAAUAACCACCACCCCAUCUCUCCGAUCUUCUCUGCCGUUGCAACAAUAUUAA